AUGACGCCGCCCCCUGAGUACCCGUUCCAGCAGACGGUGGCCGACAUGUUCCAGCACGAAGGACACACGUACAUGGCCUACGCCGACAGGCUUGCCGGCUGGCUGGAAAUAGCUCACUUCCCACACGGCGCCACGUCCCAGAGAAUCAAGACGCAACUGCGGCGAUACUUCGCCUGCUGGGGGGCCCCGGAGCAAGUAUCCACGGAUGGCGGCACGAACCUGGCCAGCGACGAGAUGAUGGAGUUCCUGAAAAAGUGGGGCGUGUUGGUGCGCAUGUCCUCCGCCCAAUACCCACAAUCCAACGGAAGGGCCGAGGUCGCCGUCAAGACAGCCAAGAGGCUCAUCGUGCCCAACACCGGCGACGGAGGCAAACUCGACACUGACAGGAUGGCGCUGGUGUCAUCAACCACCUUUCAACAAUCACAUCCAACGCCUACCACCAGAUGCGUUUAA